GUGCAAGAAUGGAUUGCACUGUGCAGGAUACUAAAGACAUCUCAGGAGCUUUGAUUGAUUUGACCAAACACAUUGGCUGCCUGAAGUUCAGAGUCUGGGAGAAGAUGCAGAAUGUUACAGUCACAUACACUCCAGGGAUCCUUGACCCCAACACAGAAGAUGUCUGCAUCUCUCUAUCCAAGGACCUCACCACCAUCCUCUACAGACAACCUAGAAUGUUACUGCUACUAUGAAUGUGUCCUGGGCUCCGAGGGUUUCAGCUCAGGUCGCCACAGCUGGGACCUUGAGGUUGGAGAGA